AUGGGUGAAAGAGAUGAUGGUUUGGGUCUGAAUCUAAGCUUGGGAUUUAGUCGACAGAAGGAACCAUCUUUGAGAUUGAAUCUAAUGCCUUUGACAACGUCUUCUUCUUCUUCGUUACCUCACAUGCAAAAUCACAACAUUAGCCAGCCCCAGAAGAUUCAUCACAACUCUUGGCCUCAUCUAUUUCAAUCUUCUGUGAGGAACACCGACGCAGGAUCUUUGCUAAGAGGUUUCGACGUGAACAGAGCUCCGUCGUCGGUGGCGGUGGACUUAGAAGAAGACGUCGCCGGUGUGUCGUCGCCGAAUAGCACCGUUUCUAGUGUGAGUGGGAAUAAGAGGGAUCUUGCUGCGGUGAGAGAAGGAGGAGGAGGAAUAGAUGAGAACGAGGCGGAGAGAGCUUCUUGCUCACGUGGCAGCGGAAGCGACGAUGAAGACGGCGGGAACGGUGACGGAUCGAGGAAGAAACUCCGGCUGUCGAAGGAACAAGCUCUUGUUCUCGAGGAGACUUUCAAAGAACACAGCACUCUUAAUCCGAAACAAAAGCUGGCUCUAGCUAAACAGUUGAAUCUAAGGACAAGGCAAGUAGAGGUGUGGUUUCAGAACCGUAGGGCAAGGACAAAGCUGAAACAAACGGAGGUUGAUUGUGAGUAUUUGAAGAGAUGUUGCGAUAAUCUAACGGAGGAGAAUCGACGGUUGCAGAAGGAAGUAUCUGAGCUAAGGGCGUUGAAGCUGUCUCCGCAUCUCUACAUGCACAUGACUCCUCCAACUACUCUUACCAUGUGUCCUUCUUGCGAACGUGUCUCGACUUCCUCAUCCGCCACUGCUGCUGUGCCUCCUCCUUCGUCUUCCUCCCCCACAUCUGGUGGUGGUGGACGGCUUCCUACGGUUGUGGGGCGGCCAAGUCCACAGCGAUUAACUCCUUGGACUGCCAUUUCUCACCAGCAAAGAUCAGCUCGCUAG